CCCCGCCUCCUUCUCCCCAGCUUUCAAAGGGCGCUUGGGGGCUGCGGGGCUGGAGCUUCCGUCUGCAGCCCGGCGGCCUUGCCUUCACCUGCGGGCCGCCGGGCCACGGGUGCGCGCGGGCUCUUCCGGGUCCCGCCCCGCGCCCCCGGGAACAGGUGCCGGGACUGCUUGCGGCCUUUGGCCGCACGCGCGGAGGUGGGAUCAAGGCGCGCAGGGCGGCCACAUGGAGAGCGGCGGCGGGACUCUCCCCGCUGGGGCGCUUGGGGUGGCGACCGAGUCGCCACGGUGCCCGCUGCCGCCGGGAGCCGAGGCCACGGCGGAGCCCGACGGGGCGGCCGAGGGCGCUGGGAGCGGCAGCGGGGGCGAGGACGGGGACGCGCCGCGGCGGGCUCUGCGGACAGUAUACGUGCGCAGCGAGAGCCCCCAGGGCGGCGCGGCUGGCGGCCACGAGGCGGGGGCGCGGCUGUGCUUGCUGCGGGCCUGCGAGGCCGAGGGCGCCCACUUCACCUCCGUACCCUUCGGGGAGCUUGACUUCGGGGAGACAGCUGUGCUCGACGCCUUCUACGACGCCGAUGUCGCCGUGGUGGACAUGAGUGAUGUCUCCAGACAGCCUUCGCUCUUUUACCAUCUCGGGGUCCGAGAAAGCUUUGACAUGGCCAAUAAUGUGAUCCUUUACCACGACACCGAUGCUGACACUGCUCUUUCAUUGAAGGAUAUGGUAACUCAGAAAAACACAGCAUCCGGUGGAAAUUAUUAUUUCAUCCCGUAUGUCGUGACACCAUGUGCUGAUUAUUUCUGCUGCGAGAGUGAUGCCCAGAAGCGUGCCUCGGAAUACAUGCAGCCCAGCUGGGACACCAUCCUGGGCCCGCUGUGCGUGCCCCUGGUGGACAGGUUUAUCAGCCUCCUCAAGGACAUCCACGUGACCUCAUGUGCUUAUUACAAAGAAGCCUUGUUAAACGACAUCCGGAGAGCCCGAGAGAAAUACCAGGGUGAUGAACUGGCGAAGGAGCUGGCUCGGAUCAAGCUCCGCAUGGACAACACCGAGGUUCUGACCCCAGACAUCAUCAUUAAUUUACUGCUAUCCUACCGAGACAUCCAGGACUAUGAUGCUAUGGUGAAGCUAGUAGAAACACUAAAAAUGCUGCCUACGUGUGACUUGGCCGAUCAGCAUAAUAUUAAAUUCCAUUAUGCAUUUGCGCUGAACAGGAGAAACAGUGCGGGUGACCGUGAGAAGGCUCUGCAGGUCAUGCUCCAGGUUCUGCAGAGCUGUGACCGCCCGGCCCCCGACAUGUUCUGCCUGUGUGGGAGGAUCUACAAGGACAUCUUCUUGGAUUCGGACUGCAAAGAUGGCACCAGCCGAGACCGCGCCAUUGAGUGGUAUCGCAGAGGAUUUGCACUCCAGUCAUCUCUCUAUUCAGGAAUUAACCUGGCAAUUUUGCUGAUAGUUGCAGGACAGCAAUUUGAAACUUCCAUGGAACUAAGGAAAAUAGGUGUCCGGCUAAACAGUUUAUUGGGAAGAAAAGGGAGCUUGGAGAAAAUGAACAAUUACUGGGAUGUGGGUCAGUUCUUCAACGUCAGCAUGUUGGCCAAUGAUGUCGGGAAGGCUGUCCAGGCGGCAGAGAGGUUGUUCAAACUGAAACCUCCAGUCUGGUACCUCCGAUCAUUAGUUCAGAACUUGUUACUAAUUCAGCGCUUCAGGAAACCCAUUAUUGAACAUUCACCCAGGCAAGAACGGCUUAACUUCUGGCUAGAUAUAAUAUUUGAGGCAACAAAUGAAGUUGCUAAUGGACUCAGAUUUCCAGUGCUGGUGAUAGAACCAACCAAAGUCUACCAGCCUUCAUAUGUUUCUAUAAACAGUGACGCUGAGGAGAAGACGGUUUUCCUGUGGCAUGUCUCACCCACAGAAAUGAAACAAAUUCAUGAAUGGAACUUUGCAGCUUCUUCCAUUAGGGGAAUAAGCAUAUCAAAGUUUGAUGAACGGUGUUGUUUUCUUUAUGUCCAUGAUAAUUCUGAUGACUUUCAAAUCUACUUCUCCACUGAAGACCAGUGUAGUAGGUUUUGCGCUUUGGUCAAAGAGAUGAUAAGCAACACAAUGGGUAGUACAGUGGAGCUGGAGGGGGAAACCGAUGGAGACACCUUAGAGUAUGAGUAUGACCACAAUGCCAACGGCGAUAGGGUCGUGCUGGGGAAAGGCACGUACGGGAUCGUGUAUGCCGGAAGAGACCUGAGCAACCAAGUGCGCAUAGCCAUCAAGGAAAUCCCAGAGAGAGACAGCAGGUACUCGCAGCCCCUGCAUGAGGAGAUAGCUCUGCAUAAGUACCUCAAGCACCGCAAUAUCGUUCAGUACCUGGGCUCUGUCUCCGAGGAUGGCUACAUUAAGAUAUUUAUGGAGCAGGUGCCUGGGGGAAGCCUUUCUGCUCUUUUGCGAUCAAAAUGGGGGCCAAUGAAGGAGCCCACCAUCAAGUUUUACACCAAGCAGAUCCUGGAAGGCCUUAAGUAUCUCCACGAAAACCAGAUUGUGCACAGAGACAUCAAGGGUGACAACGUUCUGGUGAAUACCUACAGUGGAGUGGUGAAAAUCUCUGAUUUUGGAACUUCCAAGCGUCUUGCAGGAGUGAAUCCGUGCACCGAGACUUUUGCUGGCACUCUGCAGUACAUGGCACCUGAGAUCAUCGAUCAAGGACCUCGCGGGUACGGCGCCCCGGCGGAUAUCUGGUCCCUGGGCUGCACCAUCAUUGAGAUGGCCACCAGCAGGCCUCCGUUCGAUGAGCUCGGUGAGCCGCAGGCAGCAAUGUUCAAAGUGGGGAUGUUUAAGAUCCACCCUGAGAUUCCAGGAGCCCUUUCAGCUGACGCCAGAGCAUUCAUUUUAUCCUGUUUUGAGCCUGACCCCCACAAACGUGCCACUGCUGCCGAGCUGCUCAGAGAGGGUUUCUUAAGGCAGGUGAACAAGGGCAAGAAGAACCAAAUUGCUUUCAAGCCAGCAGAGGGUACCCGGGGCGCCACCCUGGCCCUGCCCACGUCUGGGGAGCCCAUGGGCAGCAGCAGCAGUGACCACGGCUCUGUCUCCCCGGACUCUGAUGCACAGAUGGACGCGUUCUUCGAGAAGGCCCGGGCACCCAAGCACCGGCUCAGCCCCCUGCAUAGCGUUCCAGAUGAGAGCGCAGCCUCCUCCCCGGAGGACAGGGACCCGGGCCUCUUCCUGCUGCGCAAAGACAGUGAGUGCCGCGCCAUGCUGUACAAAAUCCUCUGGGAGGAGCAGAACCAGGUGGCUUCCAACCUGCAGGAGUGCGUGGUCCAGAGUUCAGAAGACUUGCAUCUCUCAGCCGGCCACAUCAAGCAAAUAAUUGGGAUCCUGAGGGACUUCAUCCGCUCCCCGGAGCACAGAGUGAUGGCAUCCACGAUAUCAAAACUAAAGAUGGACCUGGACUUUGACAGCUCGUCCAUCAAUCAGAUUCAUCUAGUACUGUUUGGAUUUCAGGAUGCUGUGAAUAAAGUUUUGAGGAACCAUUUAAUUAGGCCCCACUGGAUGUUUGCGAUGGACACCAUCAUCCGGCGAGCGGUGCAGGCUGCGGUCAGCAUUCUCAUCCCGGAGCUCCGAGCCCACUUCGAGCCCACGUCAGAGACCGAAGGGGAGGAGAAGGACCCAGAUGAGGUGGAGGACGACUCUCCCCCCGCAGACCUGCCCGGGAGUGAAGGGCACGCGGCAUACCGAGGGAGCAGCCCCCCGUCAGCGGGCGCCCCAGAGCCACAGCCCCAGCAGCUCCACCACCGGCACCUGAGCCUCCAGCUGGGCCAGCUCAGGCAAGAAACCAACAGACUUUUGGAACACCUAGUUCAGAAAGAGAGAGAGUACCAGAAUCUUCUACAGCAAACCCUAGAGCAGAAAACUCAAGAAUUAUAUCAUCUUCAGUUACAGUUCAAAUCUAAUGAUACUCCAGAGAACCCAGCAUCCCCACCUGGGUCUCAUGGGCAGAAAACAGAUAAAGAGCUUGUAGACUGGUUACAAGAGAAAGGAGCAGAUGCGAGUACAAUAGAAAAGGUAAAUUUGUAACAAAAAAACAUUCCUAUGCUGUAAUAAUAACAAAUAAUAAUAGCAGCUUAGCUCUUAUGUAUUUGAUGUCUGUUUCAGAUUGUUGAAGAGGGUUAUACGCUUUCUGAUAUUCUAAAUGAUAUCACUAAGGAAGAUCUAAGACACCUUAGACUACGGUAAGAAUGGCUUCAAAACACUAACAGAAAAUGACUUUUUUCCCUGUGCUUAUGCUUUUAAAAAAAGCAGUAGAAAACAAAGGGCUGGUAACUUUCCCCCUUCAUUGAAAUUAACUUCCUAUCUGGGUAGUGUGUUUUCUAAGCCACAAUCUCAGCCCCCAACUCUGGAGGUUUCCUAGGAUCAGGUUGCGGAUGAGUCAGAAAGAGGGAGGGGAAACACAAAAGCUCUCCCCCUCCCACCUUCUGCCAUCCAUGCGCCAUCCAACCCUUUUUAUUCUCUAGCAACCUGGCAUUCCUGCACAUACCUCGCAGGUCACGUCCCCUUCCUACUGGGCACAAAUACAAGAGGACGUAUCUUUAAGUUAGGGACUGCAUUUUGGCAAAUCUAGACAAGUCCAGAAUUACUUAACAUAGCUUUUGACAUAAGAGCUACCCAGGUAUUUGGUGGGGUUUUGAAGUUCUUUUCUUACCACUCUAAAAAAGACUCUGGAUUGUUUCCUAGUGGCGGUCUCCUCUGCAGGCUCUGGACAGCAGUCUCCCAGUACAGAAGAAAGGCUCAGGGGUCCCUGGCCUCACAAGUUGAGGCUGAAACUGUCAGCUGAGCCAGGGAAUAGAGGGAGCCAAGAGCUGUCAUCUUUGUUUAAACUUCUGUUAACGUGACAUGAAUUUCACCGAGUUUACACAAGGAAACCACCACUAUUUAAGACCUUGAAGUUUUAAAGACUUACAGAAAUGGGAUGGGUUUUUUAAACGUGUUGUUACUUCUCAACAUGUUUUAAAGGUGAGUGGAACCUUAGCAUUGUGAGAACAGUGACUGAACCCUAAUUUUGACAUCCCAGAAUAGGAUGGCGUUCUUAAAAACGGAUGAAAAUUCCAUACGCCCUAUAGCACUUACUGGAAAGCAGGCUGGCAUCACUGUUCUAGGUUAAAGUACCAUGGGGUACUUACAAGAUUAAAAUGUUAAGAAUAUGCCUUCUGUUUGAUACUGAAUGCACAUAGAAAACUAUGUUUUGUAUUUAAUGUAUAAAUGAAGAGGUCUUAUUUAAAAAUGGAAUUGUCCUUCUAUACCCUGCCUGGAUAUAAUAAAUAUUGCGUUUUAUUGAGCAGUGGUCAGUGUGAAUUGGCUUCAGCCUCCACACACACACACUGGUGAUGGACACGUGCCACUACAAGGGUCCAGGGAACGAUUCUACUCCCCUCGAAUGAUGGCAGAGUUGGACAGGUAGAAAUGGCCAUUUUUCACUUAACGUAUACGAUUUAGCAAAUACUUCUCAAUUA